AUGGCAGAUAAUAACUAUGCAUUUUACAUACAUGGAGCCGAGGAACAAGUGUGUUCUGGAUACCUUUACAAAUCUCCGCCGGAAAAUCAGUUCAAGUCCCAGAAAUCUUGGAAAAGGAGGUUUUUUGUUCUUCUAAAGUACACAGAUAACAUAUGCCAACUUAAGUACUACAAAAAUGAAGAGAAGAACAAAACACUGGGAGACAUUGACUUGUCUAGAGUCACAUACAUGUUCUUGAACCCCGAGAUGCAUACAAUGUGGAAAUGGAUUCAUAACAACUUCAGAUGUCCUUCUUCGUGUGUAAUGUUUAUUAGAGUACCAGAAAGAGACUACUUCCUUAUAGGAGAAAACAGUUGGGAGAUGGACAAAUGGUCUACUGCUUUAUUUGACAUCUUAAACCAUCGUCCACACAGACUGUUGGAUCCCAAGACAUUUGGGUUGAAGAGACACAUCAGUGAACCUCUGCAAUCAGAAAAUGACAAUAAGCAGAAACCUGAGUGGGGUCAAACAAAAUAUGUUACACAUGAUCUGCCAUCAUCUGAGACCAAUGAACCCAUCUACAGUUCUCCGAUAAAACUGAAGAGUAUUAAGAGUUUCAGAACUAACUGA